GGGGGCAGCAGUGCACUAACCGUGUCUACUCUGCUGCACAAAAAGCAGGCAGACAGAGCCUCGUGUGCGGUUAGCUCGGAGCUAAAGCUAAAAACACUUUGUUAAAAUGUCCAAAGGCCAAACGCUGAGAGCUUUGGUGAAUGAGCGGCUGACUGCGGCUGCUGAAGAGAUCUUUGCGCUGUUUGAAAGAACGAUAGCGGAGUAUGAGGAGGAACUGUGUCGCUCCAAAGAGGAGAACCAGAGGAACCAGGACACUCCACAGACUCCACGGAUUAAAGAGGAGCCAGAGGAGCAGAGCGUCAAACAGGAGGAAGACACGCUCCCAGCACAGCUCCCAGUGGGCGUCCCAGAGUCCAGUGCUGUCUGUGUGAAGACAGAAGAGUCCUCACUGCUUCAACAUAGACAAACUGAGCACAGAGAGGAAACACAGGGAGAGGACAUCAGAACAGAGCCAUAUUUACACUCAGAGACUGAGGAACACACGGAGCACUCCUCUGACACUGACAAUGAUGAAGACUGGAGAGCUCCAUUCAGCUGUUCAGCUGCACAGAUGGAGACAGAGGCUGAUGGAGACCACUGCAACCAAGUCCAGAAAGGCCAAACGCUGAGAGCUUUGGUGAAUGAGCGGCUGACUGUGGCUGCUGAAGAGAUCUUUGCGCUGUUUGAAAGAACGACAGCGGAGUGUGAGGAGGAACUGUGUCGCUCCAAAGAGGAGAACCAGAGGAACCAGGACACUCCACAGACUCCACGGAUUAAAGAGGAGCCAGAGGAGCAGAGCAUCAAACAUGAGGAAGACACGCUCCCAGCACAGUUCCCAGUGGGCGUGCCAGAGUCCAGUGCUGUCUGUGUGAAGACAGAAGAGUCCUCACUGCUUCAACAUAGACAAACUGAGCACAGAGAGGAAACACAGGGAGAUGACAUCAGCACAGAGCCACAUUUACACUCAGAGACUGAGGAACACACGGAGCACUCCUCUGACACUGACACUGAUGAAGACUGGAGAGCUCCAAUCAGCUGUUCAGCUGCACAGAUGGACACAGAGGCUGAUGGAGACCACUGCAACCAAGUCCAGAUCAGAGCCAGAAGCAUCGCUACACCAAACUCAGGUCUAUCCCCCAAAUACAAGUCUGCACCAGAGACCAGUCCCACUGUGAACUAUGGAGACAUGUCAGGAACAGCCCAAGGAGCUGACAAGAAGAAACACCAGUGUUCUGUGUGUAAGAAGAGCUUUGGAACAAAGCGGGUUUUACAACAACACAAAGGAGUGCACACAGGAGAUAAACCAUUCAGCUGUUCAACCUGUGAGAAAACAUUUUCUAAAAAAGCCCAUCUACAUGAACAUUUAAAAAUGCACACCGGUGAACGACCUUACAGUUGUUCAGAAUGUGGGAAGACAUUUGCCCUAAAGUGUAGUCUAGAUGCACAUUUAAGAAUACACACAGGUGAACGACCUUACAGCUGUUUAACAUGUGAGAAGACAUUUGCCACAAAGGGUAAUCUAGAUAAACAUGUGAGAACACAUACUGGAGAGAAACCAUUCAGCUGCUCAAUAUGUGAGAAAACAUUUUCUCAAAAGGCCAAUCUACAUGAACAUCUAAAGACACACACCGGUGAUCGACCUUACAGUUGUUCAAUGUGUGAGAAAACAUUUUCUCAAAAGGCCAAUCUACGUGAACAUGUUAAGUUACACACUGGUGAACGACCUUUCAGCUGCUCAGAAUGUGAAAAGACAUUUGCCACAAAGUCUUGUCUACAUAAACACGAGAGAACGCACACUGGUGAACGACCUUACAGCUGCUCAACAUGUGAGAAAACAUUCACGAUGAAGUGUAAUUUAGAUGCACAUAUGAGAGUACACACAGGUGAACGACCAUUCAGCUGCUCAAUAUGUGAGAAAACAUUUUCUCAAAAGCCUCAUCUACGUCAACAUGUAAAGGUACACACUGGUGAACGACCAUACAGCUGUUCAACAUGUGAAAAGACAUUUUCUCAAAAGACCAAUCUACGUGAACAUAUAAAGAUACACACCGGUGAACGACCUAACAUUUGUUCAGAAUGUGGAAAAACAUUUGUCACAAAGUGUCAUCUACGUAAACAUGAGAGAACGCACACUGGUGAGAGAUCUUACACUUGUGCCAUUUGAUAAAGGGUGUUCACAGAGAUCUGAUUUGAAGACACACAUGAGAACUUGCAGAACAGAGAGGCUAAUUGGUUGUGUUCGUGAGAUAUUUUAAAGAGCCUAGAAUUCCGUGUUGGAGUCUGCUGCUUGCAAAGAGAAAUGAUGUUUAAACUAGAGUAAAUCAUUAGCUGUAUAGCUCCACAGUUUGGCAAAUAGAGGGCUGAAAUUAUUCAAAUGAUUCUAGUGAAGGUUUAAACCACAGUGGAGCACUUCCUUGAUUAACACUAAAUGACAUCACAAGGUGGAACAGAGUGUUUUCUGGUUAAGAGAAGAACCCAGGCCAAAUGUAAAUGUCAUUGAAAUUUUUUUUAUGCAUGAAACGGAUCCAUUUUGCAAUAAGAAAUUGUAUUACACAGUUGUAUAGAUAUUGCUUCUUUUGUUUUGGUGCUACUGUUAUCACAGGAACUUGAGAGAAAUGGGGCCACAGGUAAAUCAUGAACGCUCUCACAUGCUCAAAGACUUUCAGAGUGAGAGACAUGCUUUCGGCAGCUAACAUCAGCUAGCUAACCUGCUGCAUGAGUUAUCUUCAUUAUACAUGUGUAGUUAUGGUAAAUAAAUUCAUGUUCCAAUAUUGCUGUAUGAUGUGCGCAGACAGAAAAACACAAAUAGACUCACUUAAAGACCUCCAAGAUUAGAUUAUUUUACUUUGCAAGAUGGAGUGUGUAGUUAUAUUGUUUUAUUUGUCUUGUAGUUUUCAGUGUUUCAUGGCAUUUGUUAUGGCCAGUACUCGAAGAGUGGUUUAAGACAAUUUAAACUUCAUUAAAAGUUAUUUCACAGCACAUUUAAUGAAAGUUUUUUUGUUUGAAGUUGAAAAUCAAAGUUCAUUCAAGUUGUAUUUAUGCAAAAACUAUUUUAACUUGUACAUUAAUUGCAACCAAAGUUGUAUUCAUUGUAACUAUAAUCUUAAACCAAUGCAGUCAUAAAACAUUUAAUUUAAUAUACAAGAUGACUGAUGUAGCCAAUGAAAAGAACUGCACUGAAAGAAGAACUCAAGCUGAAGCAAAGACAACAGCAAAAGAAUAAGAACAUUGGGUAAAGAGGAGUUUCAAGAAGACGAGCUCAAGGCUCUCACAUGCAGACACAAGGCUGCUCAUGAAAAAUGAAGAUAUGAGGAACUGUAAGAAGAAAACACAUUUAAGGGUACUGUGGACACUCAUUGAGCAACCUACAAAAAUCAUAAGGGAUUCAAAAACCAAAAUAGAUUUGCUCUUUAGUAACAAGCCUGAACAUAUUGACACUUUAUUCUUAUUGCACAAAUUUUAUUCUUAUUUAAAUGACUUUUUAUUCUUAUUCUUAAAUUCUAUCCCGUGGUUGUGGCAUCUUGUAACUAAGAGAAUUUCCCUUCGGGGAUCAAUAAAAGUGAUUCUGAUUCUG